CGCCGCGUCAGUUGGUAUAUCAAAACCGCAAACCAUCCUUUUUGUUGUAUUGUGCGUUGUUUUCUGUGCAAGAAGUUAGAUAUUAAAGCAAUUAGCAUUCAUUGAGCUGCGAGAGAAAAUUAUAUUGCGUAUACGUAAAAGAAACGUCUUAGGAGCGAACGAAAGAUACCCCUUUUAGCGCAUUGGGUUCCAAGAAGAAUUGCGUAUACCCUGAGGUCCGACGAGGGACCCACGAAAAUCAGACCCCAUUCAGCGUUCUGAGACAGAACCGCGCCUGACCGAUAAAAUGAUGAACGAGGCGGCUCUAGCCAACAUGAUACCCUACGACACCAUCGGAUUGUACGAGCAGCCCAAGCCACGCUUUAUCUUCAAGAUGCCGCGCGUAGUGCCCGACCAGAAAUCCAAGUUCGAGAGCGAUGAGCUCUUCCGGCGGCUCAGCAGGGAAAGUGAGGUGCGCUACACAGGCUACCGGGAGCGCAGCAUCGAGGAGCGGCAGGUGCGCUUUAUGAACGGCUGUCGGGAGGGACACACGGAGGCCAGCUUUGUGGCCUCGGGCACCAAUCUGCAGCUGGUGUUCAACGCCAAUCAGAACCCGUACCUGCACGACAAAGAGUGCGACUUCGACAAGGAGCACGGCAAGGUGCACAUCAAAUCCUACUUUAUAAUGAACGGGGUGUGCGUUCGUUUCCGCGGCUGGAUCGAUCUAGAGCGGCUGGACGGCGUGGGUUGUCUGGAGUACGACGAACGGCGGGCAAUGCACGAGGAUGCAAUCCUACGGGAUCAGAUCGAUCGCUACAACCAGCGCCUGCGCGAGUUCGAGGAUACCAAGAGAGCCUACCGCGACAACCGGCAGGACGAGAUGGAGGCCGUGCGGCGGGGUGUUGCUUCUGGGGGCAUUGGCGUCGGCGCGAGCAUGUGGCGCCGUUAGUUGGACCUGUGGACGGCACCUGGGCCGUCACAUACGCAGCUGCAGCUCCAACAGCAGCAGCCGCCUCACCAGCAGCUAGAGACUCAAUUCGCGAAUACUCAAUAUUUUAUGGACAACUGAGAAUGCUCCAAGCCCUUUGAAGGGGUCUUCCCUUGCGAGAUUUCAACACGAUGCCGUUAGACACGCUCGAAUAAAUAUGCUCUUAGAUUAGUGUUAGAUCUAAUGCUUACUUUACGUAUGCUUUUAUGGUAUUAUACUUACAACUUAGUGUGGAAUUAGUGUCGUAUCUUUAACUAAAAUACAUAAUUACUAAUCGA